AUGUCCUUCUGGGAAACAAGCUGGGUACACCGAGGAAGAGGAAGAGGAAGAAGGGGCGGGGAAGUCUCUGUCCCCAUAGCUAGGUGGGUAGGGGGCACCGAGGGAGUUGCAGCUGGAAGGGGGAGAAGUCACUCCGGAUCUACCUACGGCGGGCGGGCUGGGCCCAGCCCAGAGGUAAUCGUGGGGUGGGCGAGGCAUGCGAGAGGAGUGAUGGGGCUGGUUGGCUGGGGAGUGGGGAGGAGAAGGUCCCCCUGGGAGAUCCCGCCCCAUCUCCUCGCCUCUGUCCCCAGAGCAGCAGCAGCGCUGCCUCUCCGGCUGUCGCUGCCUUCCAGAGAGUGUCCCCGUGAAGUGGCCACUGCCCCCUGCCCCACACACCAGCUCUAGGAAGGGGCGAUCCGUCAUCCUGCCUUAAUGGGCUUCCCUGCCCCUUUCGCCCAGCUCGGCGUCCCCCCCCCCACCCCCACCUUUGGACCUGCUUUCACCAUGUCAAAUUGGACAUUUCCCUACCCUCACCGCGCACUUCCCAAGGAGGCGGGGGUGGGGUGGGGGGCUACAAGCCCUGCGCGCAGAGAUUUGCGGGGGGGGGGCGCGCGCAGAGAAUGUUGGCUGAGACAAGAAAGCCAGCUGAAAUUCGAUACAUUGAGAGCCACGUGACGGGCGCUUGGCCAAUGGCCAAGGUUCACUAAGGGGUGGGGGGGAGGCACUGUUUGAUGAGCUAAUGGCAGCAAUUUGUAACUUUCAGUCUCUCUCUGGGCAAACACACAAGAGGGAUGAGAGAGAGAGAGAGAGAGAGAGAGAGAGAGAGAGAGAGAGAGAGAGAGAGAGAGAGAGAGAGAGAGAGAGAGAGAGGAGUGGUGGUGCUUCUGCAACUGAUCUCUCUCUGGGCUGCGAGAAAUGGACGCACUCAUAUCUCCUCCCCAUCCCCAUCCUGCUGGAAUAUCUACCGGGAAGCUAAAGGUGAGUCCAUUUUUAUUCCGUCUGUUGCAUCUUCAGAGCUGGUUGUCUCCUAAAGGAGCAUCUCCUCCCCCCUCUAAGUCCCCACACUCUCUCCCUCCUUCCGAAAGCGAAUCUCGGUGCCAUUAAGUACCCAGCCAUAAUACACCGUUUCAUCUUAAUUUAGCUGAUGAAGUUUGCAAUUACUUUUUGCAAUGAAAAUAGAUGCGCAGGGUUGGAUAGCUGUGCCUGCAUGUGCGCGCGUGGUGGUGGGGGGGGUAGGGUGCGAGGAGGAGCUGAAGUAAGCGAGAGGACCGCAAACUUUGUGACAUCUCUCAAAAGUGGGGUGGGGAAGACGGAGACGGAGACACUGCGAAACACCAUCACGACUUUUUCUGCAAAUAAAGCUUGAAUGUGGAGGGCCUGAGAGUAUCUAUUUAAAAAGGGGAAAAAACACUCACCCGGAUCUAUUAGAACUGCAAAUGAAGGUUACAAAAAAGUAAAAUAAAAUAAAAACCCUCCCCCAGGCACACAUUCGCAAUGCAACCUGUCUAUUGGAAGGUGUGUGUGUGUGUGUGUGUGUGUGUGUGUUGUUGUUGUUGUUGUUGUUGUUGUUUUGGUUUUACAUUGGCAGAUUCUCCUGUAAGUUGAUUGGGUAGGAUAUUUCUAAUUGAAAUAAAAACGAUUGCCUGUAUUUUGAGAGAGAAUCCAUGGAGCGUAGAAAAUGCAACAGAAGAUAGGGACGGGAGAAGUAUAUUUAAAUGCCUACUUCUAAUGUACAGUUAAAUUCAUCUGAUGAAUGAUGGGGGCAAUAGCAGGUAGGGCCCACCCCCAAUAUUUUGAAUGUAAUAAUGUUAUUGGAUUGAGAUAGGAAUCUUUGAGCUGCAGAGCCAUAUAGAACUGAUAUAAAACAGUAAUAACAUCUCUUAAAAAUAAAAACUGGCUGUCCAUGUGUUCUGUAUUCCAGGCACGUUUCCUAGAGCCUACCAUUCUUACUUCCAAGAAGUAUUCAUCUAAAUCACUAUUAAUAAGGGACAGUUACAAGUUAAUUGGCAUUAAAAUAAUUCAUUUCAAUUUGUUAAUAUUAAAUGAACAGAUAGCACGCUUGCUUAAAACCAACUCAUGUACAGCUUUUCUUUAUUGGCACGAUUAUGGGAGAAGCGGGGGGAGGAGAAUUGCUGGAAGGUCUGGAGAAACUUAUGUGGUGGUGAGUGUGUGUGGCACCUUUGAUCAUGUGAUGACUGCAAUAUCAAGUGACACCCUACAUAUGUGAAAACUUUAAAAGCCGUCACAGAUGGAACAGCACAGAGGUUUUAUCCCCCCUAAAAUACAGUGCUGUUUAAGGGAGGCAGUCCACAUAUUCAGCUACAAGUACAUCAAGUAAGUAACCUUGUGCUGUUCAUGUGAGCUAGACUUAAGUUUUGCCACAGAGAACUUCACAAUUCAAAGGAAUUCUUAUACACAGAAAUACACUUGAGUGUCAGGAAUACAUAAAUGUUUAAUUUCCCCAUGUCAGAGCCUGCUAUGAAGCUCCACCAUUCAUUAAAGAAGCCUCCCUCCACUGAAGAAGAAAAAUGAAAGUUUCACAGUGCACAUUCAUGUACAUCACUGUUUCUUACGUGAACUUCCUCCAGUGAAAAGGGAUUUUUAUUGAAGGUGAUGCAGAAUCUCUGUCAUGGUUAGUUGCAGUCAUCCAAGUGUGCUUGUGAGGAUGCAUCCUGACUUUGUAAAGAUUUGAGCACCAUGGGGAAAGCACUGGAAAUUGUUUCUGUGGGCUAGUUCACAUGAGGAUGCUAGUUGCUCCUUAGGUAAAGGGACCACUGACCAUUAGGUCCAGUCGUGGCCGACUCUGGGGUUGCGGCGCUCAUCUCGCCUUAUUGGCCGAGGGAGCUGGCGUACAGCUUCCGGGUCAUGUGGCCAGCAUGACUAAGCCUCUUCUGGGGAACCAGAGCAGCGCACGGAAACACCGUUUACCUUCCCGCUGGAGCGGUACCUAUUUAUCUACUUACCCUUUGACGUGCUUUUGAACUGCUAGGUUGACAGGAGCAGGGGCUCACCCCAUCGUGGGGAUUCGAACCACCAACCUUCUGAUCGGCAAGUCCUAGGCUCUGUGGUUUAACCCACAGUGCCACACGCGUCCCUUUUAGUUGCUCCUUAACUGUACCUUAAAUUGAUGACCCGUGAAUGUGCCAUCAAAGACAGGAUUUACCACUGAUUUACCUAGAAGGUUCCAUGGAAGUUGUGAUGAGAAACCAUGUGAUGUAAACACAUGUGCUCUGUGCUUCCACAGUGGCUAUUUGACAUGAAAAGUCCAUUCGCUGAAUGAGCUUUCUCUGUGGACCAACCCCCAUGGAUUGGUCUGCCUCCACUCCAGAGCUCUUUCCUUCUCCAGAAUCCAGUGUGAGCUUCCCAAUUGUUAUUAUACAGCAUGGUCUUCCUCUUAUUUGUAGAAAAUGUUCAGGUAUCAACCAGUGGCAGAUUUAGCUGAUGAAAUGUGGACUCUAAUCACUACUCUGCCUUUGAGUUGCAUCUCAGCCUUAAUGCCUCUGCCUGUAAAAUUGGAGUCACUGGGAAUGAGCAGAUUGGUAAACAUUUGAUAUCUUGAUCCUAGAAAAGUUUUAUCUCUGGUUCUACAUGGCCCUUUCUGAUGUCCUUGAAUAAGAUUUGAGGAGUUCAUACCAAGCUCUUAAAGUCUGCUCUCACUUUUAGAUGUUUCCUUAUAACUAGGAAGUCUAAUCAAAUUCUGAAACCCCACAUCCUAGCAUUGAUUUUCUUGGAGAGGGUGAAUCUUCUGCUGUUGGAAUCCAUUAGGUUUCAAUUCUGCCUCCCCCUCAGCUGGGUUGGUGAGGUAUCCUGUUUCCCAUCUGUUUAUUUCUUGCAGAGCUAAACUGUGUAUUAUGGGAUGGGGUGGUGAGGAGGGAGGGAGGGAGGAGAGCUUGAUUAAUACUUACAGAAUUCUGCCUCUCUAAUUCAUUCGGCAGCAUUUCUUCCUCGUUGCCUGUCAGCUGAAACUUGGAUGCAGAUGGGACCUGGAUUGCCUGCCAUAGAUGUCAGAGAGAGAGAGAGAGAGGGACCUGGUGGCAAAUAUAUCAACAACAAAAAAUAAGUCAACAUGUGCUUCGGUCUUUUGCCUUCUGCAAAUACAAUCAGAGAUGAUGGACCUGUCUUUUGCCAACGCACCUGCGCUCUCACACACAUGCAGCCACUGGAUUAUGCCAUUGGGCUAAAGCCACAGAAAGCAACUUGUGGCAUCAUUCUUCUGCCUAAAGACAGGAGGCAAUAUGACAUAGCUCUGUUCUUAGACCCAGAGCUUAUCAGGCUUCGCCACGAAUAUUUCCCCCCUCUACUGAUGCAAAUGAAGGGUUGUUGUUUUUUAAAAGAGUUUUGCUUGUUGCUUCACUGAUUUGCUUGCAAUGUUUAUACUGUUCAGUGUUUUCUGUUUAUUUAUUGCUGUAACCUGCCUUGUGAGGGUUAUACCUUGAAAGGUGAGAUACAUUGCAGUCUUUACACCUGGCAUGGAUAGUUGGUGCUCUUUAUGCUAAGGUUGCAGGUUCAAUCCCCAUAUGGGGCAGCUGCAUAUUCCUGCAUUGCAAGGGGUUGGACUAGAUGGUCCUCAGGGUCCCUUCCAACGCUACAGUUCUAUGAUUCUAUGGUUCUUGGACCUCUCCCCAAACUAUACCCUCUUCCUCCAGGCCAGACAUACACCUUUGACAUUGCCACACACCCCAAGUGUUUUUGCCUGGCUGGAAUGUGUCCUUGAAUUCUGUUGAUGUCUCUUGCUUGUCUGGUUGGAGGGGUAUGUGAGUGUAUGUAGAAACUAGUCUACUGCACAAAGGUAAAAUUUUGCUCCCCCCACUUUUGCCUCUGGCUCCUCCCACCACUGGAAUAUGGCCCCUAAGUAUGUGGCCCUCAGCUGAAAAAGGUUCCUUAUCCUUGCUGUAGAAAUCAGUGGCCUUUCUUCAGGUAAGUGGGAAUAGGGUUGCAGCCUAAAAAAAUAAAAAUAUGUCCCUUACAGACUGGAAUGUGACUUAUUAUUUGCCAGGCAUGGAAUGGAGGGAGCGGAAGGGUACAUGAUGGGG